GUCCCACAACCUUUGAAGGCACCAAUAUCAAGAGCUGCGCAUGCGCUUGACCAAGCUCGGAAGCAAAGUAGUGCUGAUCCAAGGGUCCACAUCAAAAAUCGAAAAUAAGAGAGCCAUGUCAGGAUUUCUGGAUGGGAUUCGGUGCGGAGACUGUGAGUGCAAUGUGGACUGGAGUGAAAGAAGAAACGCCAUCGCAUCUAUAGCCGCUGGAGUUUUGUUUUUCACCGGUUGGUGGAUCAUCAUAGAUGCAGCGGUGAAGUAUCCGGAUCAGGGAGAGUUUCCCCAUGCUUAUCACACAUGUGGAGUCAUCGCGACAGUGGCUUUUCUCAUGAUAAAUGCUGUGUCAAAUGGCCAAGUGAGAGGCGACAGCUACAGUGAAGGCUGCAUUGGACAGACUGGCGCUCGUGUGUGGCUCUUCAUUGGCUUCAUGAUGGCAUUUGGAUCCCUCAUUGCCUCCAUGUGGAUCCUGUUCGGAGGUUUUGUAGUUCCUCAGAAGCAUGUUGUGUACCCUGGUAUUGCCAUUUUCUUCCAGAAUGCAUUCAUUUUCUUCGGGGCCCUGGUGUUCAAGUUUGGACGUACAGAAGAUCUGUGGCAAUAACUGACUCCCAGUGUGUCUGUCCAUCAUUGUUAAAACAUUGCUUUCUUUGUUGUAUCAGACAAUAUGUUCCAGGCUUCAGUCGUUAUUCAUCACUUUAUAUGUUGCCUUUUUAGCGUUCAGGAUUUACAUAUUUAAUUUGUAUUUUUGUUACUGUUUUAAAAGGCUAUAUCAUAACUAAGCACAAACUAACACUCAUUGACUGUUUUGAACUGCGGCGCAUUUUUAAAUCUGUCUCUGCCCCGUGCAGCUCUGUUGUUUAAGAUGGUAUAAAACGGAUAUAUAACAUGUAUAUUGGGAACUCUAGGUCCAAACCUCCUGUGGGUAUACUUAUGCUGUCCCAUCAUUAUAUGUAACCUGUCAGCUGAGUGAAAAGAACACAUUUCGUGAUAAUGUAUGAAAAAAGUGAGGGGAUUACCAUGAAAAUACAUGCUGAUGAAUCUCGCCAUGUGAGAUUGUAUUGCUCUAAAAUGACAUCAAGUGAGCUCUUAAUCUUGUCAUGCAGAUUUAUUGUAAAAUGAUCAUAGCUCAAUCGUCUGGUAGAUUUACUUACGAUGUGUCCAUUGCUCACGUUUGUACAAUGGGGCCAGUCUUUGGCUACCAUGGCAUAAUUAAACAAUUAUCAUAAGCAG